CUCAAUAAAAUCUCAGCAUGAGGCUAGUAUUUUUGUUAGGUUUAAUUGUGAUCGUUGUCGUCGCAGAAGCGCGUCGAAUUCCUUCGAAAAAAAAUGAGCAGCUUCAGGAGAAAGAAGAAUUAGCUGAUCAAGCAGAUGCGGCGACGGAACAUAAAAAGGAACAAAGCAAAAAUCAUGAAUUUAAAAAGGGCGGAGGAAAAAGUCAUCAUGCACAUCACCAUGAUGAACAUGGAGAAAAAGGUCAUAAAGGCUAUAAAGGUCAUCAUCAUCAUGAAGAAGGAAAAAAAGGUCACCAUGAUAAGGAACACCACAAAGGUGAGUACGAUGAUCAUGGUGGUCAUAAAAAAGAACAUCAUCACGAGGAUGGUCAUUAUGACGAGCAUCACAAAGGGGCUAAGGGAGAAAAAGGGCAUAAAUACGAGGAAAAAGGACAUUAUAAUAAAGGACAUUCGACAAAGGGACACCACGAAAUACACAAACUUGAUGAGUUUAAGAAAGAUAAACACUUCUUUGAUGAGGACGGUGAUUCUGGCCACGAGGAGAAACAUGGAGGCUAUCACGAAGAACAUGGUCACAAAAAAGGCGGGCAUUUCAAGAAAGGUCACCAUCACGGCGGGCAUCAUGAACAUGAACACGGCGAAAAGGGUCAUCAUGAGAAGGGUGGACAUCAUCAUGAGCACAAAGGACACAAGACUUCCGGUGGUCACGAUGAACACCAUCAUCAUCAUCACGACCAUGCCAAGAAAGGUGGACAUGAACAUCACAAGAAACAUGGUUAUAAAAAAGGUCAUUAA